AUGAACCGGCCGAUCCAGGUGAAGCCAGCGGACAGCGAGAGCCGAGGAGGUAGUAGCUGCCUGCGCCAGCCCCCUUCACAUAGAAAACUCUUCGUGGGCAUGCUCAACAAGCAGCAGUCCGAGGACGACGUGCGCCGCCUCUUCGAGGCCUUCGGGAACAUCGAGGAGUGUACCAUCCUGCGCGGGCCAGAUGGCAACAGCAAGGGGUGCGCCUUUGUGAAGUACUCCUCCCACGCCGAGGCGCAAGCCGCAAUCAACGCCCUGCACGGCAGCCAGACUAUGCCGGGAGCCUCAUCCAGUCUGGUGGUCAAGUUUGCCGACACUGACAAGGAGCGCACGAUGCGGCGAAUGCAGCAGAUGGCUGGCCAGAUGGGCAUGUUCAACCCCAUGGCCAUCCCGUUCGGGGCCUACGGCGCCUACGCACAGGCACUGAUGCAGCAGCAAGCAGCGCUAAUGGCGUCAGUAGCGCAGGGCGGCUACCUGAACCCCAUGGCUGCCUUCGCCGCCGCGCAGAUGCAGCAGAUGGCGGCCCUCAACAUGAAUGGCCUGGCGGCCGCACCCAUGACCCCAACCUCAGGUGGCAGCACCCCUCCGGGCAUCACUGCACCAGCUGUGCCUAGCAUCCCAUCCCCCAUUGGGGUGAACGGCUUCACCGGCCUCCCCCCACAGGCCAACGGGCAACCUGCUGCGGAAGCUGUGUUUGCUAAUGGCAUCCACCCCUACCCAGCGCAGAGCCCCACCGCCGCGGACCCCCUGCAGCAGGCCUACGCUGGAGUGCAGCAGUACGCAGGUCCAGCCGCCUACCCUGCUGCCUAUGGUCAGAUAAGCCAGGCCUUUCCUCAGCCACCUCCAAUGAUCCCCCAGCAACAGAGAGAAGGGCCCGAGGGCUGUAACCUGUUCAUCUACCAUCUGCCCCAGGAGUUUGGGGACGCUGAGCUGAUGCAGAUGUUCCUCCCUUUCGGCUUCGUGAGCUUCGACAACCCGGCCAGCGCGCAGACCGCCAUCCAGGCCAUGAACGGCUUCCAGAUCGGCAUGAAGAGGCUCAAGGUGCAGCUGAAGCGGCCCAAAGACGCCAAUCGCCCAUACUGAGCGCCGGCGGGAGCGUCCCCCGGGGGAGACCAGGACUCGCACAGGGCAGGAUGCUGAACGGGCUACAUUAAAAAACAAACCUCUCUCUAUAUAUAUUUAUAAAUGAGAACUGUUGGAUGACACCUUUGACAUAUCAGCCAAUAUCAAUCAAGCUGAAGACUCCAGACACUCUCUGUGACUGUAACAUUUCUUCAAGGAAAGUAUAGCGUCUGUGGAGUUCAGAGGGCACGUGUUUGGGGGAAAAUAUAUAUGACACAAAGAAGAAGAUGAAGAAAAAUGAGAAAAAAAAAACACAAAAAAGGCAACUUUAAAACAAAAUAACUUGAGACCAGAUGGGGAGGCUGAAGGGCUGGGAAGUGGGAAGAGACGCUGCUUACCGAUCCCCGGGGCUUUUCCAGCCCGUGGGCGCCUGAGGCAGGCUGGGGCGAGCGGUGUGGCGGGGCCUGGUCCCCAGGGGGCGGCUGGGAGGCCGCCACUGAGCAUCUCUAUCUGUCAUUCCUUUAGCUAUUUAGGGACCAAAGGACCAAACUUUUUAUUGCAGCUGUGUAGCUCUAUGUCAAAUAGAGGGGGAUGGAGGAGAAUCUCCUUCCUGCCUCGUGGCUGUUCUUGAAACAGCUUAGAGCGAUUCUAUGAAAAAUGUAAUAAAAAAAUAAAAAAAAAAAACAAAAAAAGCAAAAACAAAAAAAAAAA